AUGCACGCGGAGGAAGUCAAGAAGCUCGUAAACGACCGACUUCGUAACUUAAAGAUUGGUGGAAAUUUCAAAGAUGCUCCACGCAAUGAGGUGGACCAAGCAAACUCUACGCUUUUCACUGCCGAAAUUGAGCAAGCUGCUUCCCCAAAGAGAUUCUCAACGCCUUCAUUCAUGCAUUUCAGAGGGGAUUCCAAUCCCGAGAGCCAUCUAAAGCAGUUCAAAAGUGCCGUGAUCUUUUACAAGACCAAUGACGCGCUGAUGUGCAAGGUGUUUGCAAUGAUCUUGUUAGGAGCAGCCCAAGACUGGUUCUACACCCUGCCAUCCGGGUCGAUCAGCGACUUCAAGGAGCUAGCUUAUGUCUUUACCAAAGAAUACACUUCUUACCAGACGAUCAAGAAGAACCCUGACUACCUGUUCAACCUGCGUAAGAAGUACGAUGAAUCCCUCCGAGAUUACAUCAAGAGGUUCAAAGCAGAAAGGGCAAACAUCAUUGGAUGUGACAAUGGAAUCGCGUCAUCGACCUUCAAAAGGGGCUUGCCAGCUAAUUGUGAGCUGUAUCGCGAGCUGACCAUCUCUCAUUGCCAAACACUAGUAGAAGUCUUCGCGACAGCAGAGCGUUACGCACUUUGGGACGAUGACCAGAUCGCUGCAAAGAAGGCUGUCAAGCAAGCUGAUCAACCGGUUGAGCAGGCAAGCCAAAGAAACGGCAGGAUAAACGGCAAGAAUAGAGGUAAGCGCGGAUUAUAG